GGCGGCGGAUCGGAGAGCUGGCGCAGCUGCUGUGGUGGCAGCAGCUCAAGUGGCGGUGGCGGUGGCGGCUGCAACAGCUCUGGACUUAGGGCUUUGGUGGCGGCGCCGGCGGGCGGCUGAGCUGCGCGGUGCAGACGCCGGUGUGCGGUCCGGGUUCCUGGGGCGGCGCGUGUAAGAAUCCGAGGACUCUAGAAGAUGCCCCUCAUGGAGGAGGUUCUGAGAAGCACCUCUGGCUCGGUGACUGUGAAAGAGCAGCUGUGCGAAGCCCUGGCCAUUGCCUCCUGAGGACCGCGGGGAGGAAACCAUGGCCGUGAGCUUAGAUGACGACGUGCCCCUCAUCCUGACCUUGGACGAGGGUGGCAGUGCCCCUCUGGCUCCCUCCAAUGGCCUGGGUCAAGAGGAGCUGCCCAGCAAAAAUGGGGGCAGCCAUGCUGCCCACGGCUCCCGGGCCCCCAAUCUGGUCUCUGGCGGAGAGAGUCCCCCCUCCAGCCCCUCCAGCCACAACUGGGAGAUGAACUAUCAAGAGGCAGCCAUCUACCUCCAGGAAGGCGAGAACAACGACAAGUUCUUCACCCACCCCAAGGACGCCAGGGCGCUGGGGGCCUACCUCUUCGUACACAACCACCUCUUCUACCUGAUGGAGCUGCUGACUGCCCUGCUGCUGCUGCUGCUGUCCCUGUGCGAGGCGCCCGCCGUCCCCGCACUCCGGCUCGGCAUUUACGUCCACGCCACCCUGGAGCUGUUUGCGCUGAUGGUGGUGGUGUUCGAGCUCUGCAUGAAAUCGCGGUGGCUGGGCCUCCACACCUUCGUCCGGCACAAGCGGACCAUGGUCAAGACCUGCGUCCUGGUGGUGCAGUUCGCGGAGGCCAUCGUGGUGCUGGUGCGGCAGACGUCCCACGUGCGGGUGACCCGGGCCCUGCGCUGCAUUUUCCUGGUGGACUGCCGGUACUGCGGCGGCGUUCGGCGCAACCUGCGGCAGAUCUUCCAGUCCCUGCCCCCCUUCAUGGACAUCCUGCUCCUGCUGCUCUUCUUCAUGAUCAUCUUCGCCAUCCUCGGUUUCUACUUGUUCUCCUCCAACCCUGCUGACCCGUACUUCCACACGCUGGAGGACAGCAUCGUCAGCCUGUUCGUCCUCCUGACCACGGCCAAUUUCCCAGAUGUGAUGAUGCCCGCCUAUGCCCGGAGCCCCUGGUCCUGCGCCUUCUUCAUCGUAUACCUGUCCAUCGAGCUGUACUUCAUCAUGAACCUGCUCCUGGCCGUGGUGUUCGACACCUUCAGUGACAUCGAGAAGCGCAAGUUCAAGUCUCUGCUGCUGCACAGGAGGACUGCCAUCCAGCACGCCUACCGCCUCCUUGUCAGCCAGCGGAGGCCUGCGGGCAUCUCCUACAGGCAGUUCGAAGGCCUAAUGCGCUUCUACAAGCCCCGGAUGAGCGCCCGGGAGCGCUUUCUGACUUUCAAGGCCCUGAAUCAGAGCGACUCACCUCUGCUCAGCCUGAAGGACUUCUAUGACAUCUAUGAAUUCACCGCCCUCAAGUGGAAGGUCAAGAGAAACCGAGAGCACUGGUUCGACGAGCUUCCCAGGACCGCGUUCCUCAUCUUCAAAGGAAUCAACAUCCUGGUGAAGUCCAAGGCCUUCCAGUAUUUCAUGUACUUGGUGGUAGCAGUCAACGGGAUGUGGAUCCUCGUGGAGACAUUUAUGCUGAAAGGCGGGAACUUCUUCUCCAAGCGCGUGCCCUGGAGUUACCUGGUCUUUCUCACCAUCUACGGGGUGGAGCUGUUCCUGAAAGUUGCUGGCCUGGGCCCCGUGGAGUACCUGUCCUCAGGCUGGAACCUGUUCGACUUCUCCGUCACGGCCUUUGCCCUCCUGGGACUGUUAGCUCUGGCCCUCAACAUGGAACCCUUCUAUUUCAUAGUGGUCCUGCGUCCCCUCCAGCUGCUAAGGUUGUUUAAGCUGAAGAAGCGAUACCGCAACGUGCUGGACACCAUGUUUGAGCUGCUGCCCCGGAUGGCCAGCCUCGGCCUCACCCUGCUCAUCUUCUACUACGCCUUCGCCAUCGUGGGCAUGGAGUUCUUCUGUGGCCUGCUGUACCCCAACUGCUGCAACACCAGCACGGUGGCGGACGCCUACCGCUGGCUGAACCGCACAGAGGGCAACAGCACGGUGGUGGAGGAGGGCUACUACUACCUCAACAACUUCGACAACAUCCUGAACAGCUUCGUGACCUUGUUUGAGCUCACGGUUGUCAACAACUGGUACAUCAUCAUGGAAGGGGUCACCUCGCAGACCUCCCACUGGAGCCGCCUGUACUUCAUGACCUUCUACAUCGUGACCAUGGUGGUGAUGACCAUCAUCGUGGCCUUCAUCCUGGAAGCCUUCGUCUUCCGAAUGAACUACAGCCGCCAGAACCAGGGCUCGGAAGUUGACAGUGGCAUCACCCUGGAGAAAGAGAUCUCCAAAGAGGAGCUGGUGGCCAUGCUGGAGCUCUACCGGGGGGCGCCCGGGGCCGCCUCCGACGUCACCCGGCUGCUCGAGACCCUCUCGCAGAUGGAGAAGUACCAGCAAAACUCCCUGACGUUCCUGGGACGGAGAUCGAGGACCAAAAGCGACCUGAGCCUGAAGAUGUACCAGGAGGAGAUCCAGGAGUGGUACGAGGAGCACGCUCGGGAGCAGGAGAAGCAGCUGGGCAGCGUCACCAUCCCCACUGCCCCGCAGCCCCCCGGUGGCCGCCCGCGCUCCCAGACCGUCACCUAGCCCCAGUGGGGACGCCGUCUCUUCUAUGCAAUAACACGUAGUAUUACCUUCCCACCAUGUACCAAGAGGACGUGGGGACGCACAUCGCAUACGUGGACGCCUCACAUGGAUGCACACACCUGCAGAGAGGAGAGCCGAGGACCAGCUGACCUUGGGUCGCCUGGCCCGUCUUCCUGAAGCCCAGGGUGGCCGGUUGAGGGCCUUGGCCAGUGCGUUCGGCCACUGUGGAGGGCUCCAGAAACCCCUUUAUGGAACCCCCCCGAGCCUGGCCUGAUAACCAGGCUGCCCUGGUCAGACCAGCACCCCCCGUGUCCCUGCUGGGCUCACAGGCAGGCUCCCACCCACCAGUGUCCCCACUGAUCCCGUGGCCCUGUCACAGCACCUGUGUCUGGCUCUAGGGACAAAACCACUAAGGAAGGAAGGAACCCAAGUGCCCUGGGUAGUGUCAUAGAUGGUGUCAUAGAUGCUCCUGUGGGCCACACCUGUGACCUGUGGGAGAGUGAGGAGGACUGAGGUCUCGCCUUCGGGCAGCUCUCAGGAGCCAGAUGGGCGCUGGAGACGCACUAGCUGGCCUGGGAUCCUGCCCCCUGAGCUGCCCCGAGCCCCUCCCACCCUGCGGUCCAGACCUUGUUGCUGGAUGUCCUUCUACAGUGACUUUGUGCAGAAUCCAGGCCACCAAGAAGAGGGGCAGGCGAGAGGCCCAGGGCCUGGCCGGUUCCUGAGGGACCUCUCGGCUCACUCCCUCUCCUUGUGAUCCGCUGGGGUGGCAGCUUAUGCCGGGGACAGCGGUGGCCCUUCACACGUGUGUGUAUCCUCGCUGCUGGAUUGGAGCAGGCCACUCAGGGACAAUCAUGGUGACAAACAGUGGCAGCCCCAGAACAGCCCCCACCGCACCUUGGGCGCUGAGGCCAGAGUGGGCUUGGCCUGACCUUGGUUGGCCAGGAGUCCAGGCAGACACUCAGCCAUGGGCGUCCCGGGGUGUCCGAGCAAGGCAGUGCUGGUGGUGGUGGCAGAGUGAGGUCAGAGGGGGCUUUGGCCCAGCUGUCCUGGCAGGUGCCAGCAGAUGCAGGGGAGGAUAGACAGCCAGGAGCAGGCACCAGCCUGGCGUCCUGGGCCAACCUGGCUCCAGCCACCUCCACGCUUCUUGCGGCCUGGGGCAAGGGGUGGACAGAGGGCCCCGGAGCCUGAUCCCCAUGGCCCCGCGGCCUGCAGCAGCCUCUGCAGGCCUGGGGCAGGCGGGGGGGGGGGGUCGCUCUUAAAGCCCUUGGGGAAACUGAGUCCUUAAGCCGCGAUCCCGGGGUUGUCAGGAGGCUGACGUUGCCUCUUGGUCUUUGGAGGGCCACUGGCCAUGCGGGAGCUCAAUGUGGAGCCCCAGGCCACACCCUUCUCUCCAGAGAAGGGACUUCAUUUGCACAACCGGGUGCCUUUUACCUUGUGUAUUCAAACGGGCAUUUUGGAAGCAGGGAGGGGGCAGUUGCUAGAGGAGGACAGGGGUUCCUGACCUGAGCACCCAGGGCCCUUCUGGUCCCUUCCUCUACCCGGGGGCUGAGCCCCCAACAGGAGGCCGGCCCUGUUCCAGGGGUGCCCGGUCCAUUCCCAGCCCUGGCCUGGCAGAGCCCCUGGCUUCAGUCAGAACCAGGUGGGCAAGGUGUGCCGACAGGAGGGGGGACUGGGGACAGCUGUCUCCACAGGGUUCCCUGUGGUCCUGUCCAGCUGACCCUCAAGCUCUCCCACCAAGCAGGGGACAGCUGUCACCCCAGAUGUGAUCCCUGAGUGUCUUGGGACCUCCUCUAGCUCAGAUGCCUCCCUCACCUGUUACAGCUGAAGGGGACCAGGUGACCCUUGCUACCAGCUGGGUCACAUCCUGGCAGGGGUAGCAUGGCCCUGUGCACCCUUCCCUGUGAGGCGGUGGCACUUUGGGGAGGAUGCCUCCUGUCCCCUGCUUCUCCCCACCCAGCCUUACUCCACCUUGCAGACAAUCAUUUUGUAUGACGGCGGGGCGAUGCCGGGGUCUUGUACAGGUGAUUUGUUACCUGGGGACCCGCCGUGUCCCUGGAUUCCUGGCGUAUUAAUAAAAGCCUCUGCUUUGUA